CCUCAGCCUACAAUUUACCAAUCGAGUAGCAACGACGAGGGGUGCAGUUUAAGUGCAGUUUGCAUCGCGGUUGAUGCAAGUUGGACAAGCCUAAAAAGAAAUUUUAAAAAUAUACACAUAUAUAGACACAAAACAAGGUAUAAAGUCGACAGAGCAAUUAAGGAAGAAUCACGCUAAUAACAAUAAGUGACGGAGUUUCGAAAAGUAAAAUUUGCGCUUUCAUCAUCCCUGGAAUUAUCUUGUCGUGUACGAGAAUGGAAGGCAUAAUACUUAAAUCCUAGGCUUUGCACAGCUUGGCGCCGUUACAUGCAAGCCUAUAGUUAAAAAAAAUUUAAGAUAUCCACCACCUAAUAAAAAUAGAGGCAGGCGCAAGGUUACAGUUGGACAAAAGUGACCACCACGCCCUACAUAACAAUCAAACACCAUUACACUGACACCGGAACAAACAGUUUUCAGUACCACAUUCCAUUUAGCUAGCAUUCAUUAUAAAACACACUUUAGAAAAGGAAAGAACCAGAAUAAUACAGGCCAAAGGUAUACUCCCGUACAGAUCCAUAUACACAAAUUUACAAAGAAUACCAAACGUUAAGAAAUACACACACAUACAUAACAUAUACAUAUAUUUACACACACUCACACACAUACACAUUUAUACGUAAAUAUAUAUAUAUAUAUAUAUCAAUCAAUCCCGUGGAAGGACACAACAUAAAAAAAAUAGACAGAAAACUCGUUGAAAAGUUGAACGCCAGAGCAACACGACAAAAUUAAUUAUAUUCCAAGACAGAAAUAUAAGUACCAAAAAAAUUGCCAUUAUAUAAACAAAAAAUAUACUUAGUCCAUAUAAUGUAUGCAACAUAUAAUGCAAAUGUGAGUGUGAAAAAUAUAGACAACAAACUUUGAGUCAUAAAGAGAAAAAUUGAUGUACACACAAAUCUAGAGUCAAAACCCUCGCAAAAUAAUUGUGAUUAUAUAGUGAGAAAGUAAAACUUUUGAUAACUGCAAUAUUAGCACAACACGACAUCAAUGGACACACUCUAGUGGGCUAUUUUUUCUAUUAAUUUUUUCACUAAUUUAUUUGCAUACGUAAAUCCACUCAAUAGAACGGGCUACAUCUCCACCAAAACAAAAGCAUAAUAAAGUAUACAUAAAUAGUAAAAAAAAAAAAAUAAUAAACCAUCGUUGACAACCAAACAAUAGAAACUGCACAAGUAAGAUUUAUUUUUCUAAACAACAGAUAAUAAACACAACUGUUAUCCUCUAUAAAAAGGAAAAACAAAAUGUAAAAUUCAGUGAAAACAAAUCAGCAAAACAAUGUCCCUAUGAAAAUGUGCAGAUCUGAAAGCAAAUGUUUAGCCAAAAACUAUUAAAUACAUCGUCAAACAAAAAGUUUAAUACCAGUGAAUUUAUGAAGGAAGAAAAUGGAAAUGUUGGGUGAUAAAUUUUUAGGCCUAUACAGUUUUUUGUGAAACGAAAUUGUGAUUUUAGACAGAUCAAGGAAUAAAGAGAAAAUUGAAGAAGAAAAAUCCUUUGCGACAACCAAAACGUUAACUGAAAGUUACUAAAGAAAACUGACAAACAAUUAAAACAAAGUCUUUUAGUGUUUAUUUUAUCUUAAAGAAAGCUAAAACAAAGAGAGAUAAUACACAAAAUGAGAAACGAGAAAUGCAAAAAUGUGCCUUAAAAUGGGCCUUAUUUGAAAAAAAAAAUCAUGUGAAUAAAUCAUAGAGAAACCUAUUUCGAAAAAAAUGUAAAAAAAGUGGGUGCAUUAGAAAUAAGUCGGGCCUCGUAUGAUCUAGUCUCCAAAUCCACCACCUAGCCUCUACGCUUUUCCGGGUGGAUCAGCAAUUUUCACAAAGUACAGAGCUAAAAGAAAAGAAAUUAUACUAAAUAAAAAACAGAAUUUUAAUGAAGAUAUGAACAUUACCGUUGAGUUAUCGAAAAAAACAUAAAUCUUUUGAUAAUGAAACUAACGAGACAGCUAAUGUCUCCAAAGUAAUUUUUUCUAAUAUUUACAACAAAAGAAACACAUUUAAAGGAACAACUAAAAGAAAUUGAGGUAGUAGUAAAAUUGUAUAUAAAGAAGAAAACGCUUCAUAUGAGGACAUAUAAAUGUUUAGUACAAAAGUCAAUAUUUAGGCUGCAUUUUUACCGAAGAAAGAAAAACAAAAAAAGUCAGAAGAACAGAAAGUAAAACUAAAAACAUAAGGCAAAAUAGUAAAAACAAAUCCUCUCCUUUUUCGUAAAUCUGCAAAUAAUAAUAAAUAAAAUAAUCAUAAUAAUAAGCGACAAAUAACACCAAAUGGCAAUGCAAAAAGUUUAAAAUAUUACACACUUAAACAAAGUGAAUGAAAUGAAGUGAGAAUUAGUGAAAUACAGAAGUAUAGUCAUGACUCAGGCGGAUCCGCAAAAAGAAAACACCAUGGAUAGGCGAUUACAUAGAAUACAGAGAUCAGCCCAGGUAGCACAUAUGUGAGUGAGUGAUUAUAUCGUGGAUCACGCACUGGACCUCAGCAGCGCCACGUCAAUGAGCACGGAUGUACAUCGUAUGUAUAAGAUGAAUACAGACUUCUGGCAGACACGUGCCCAGAACAUCGCGAAAGGGCCGGACAGUCCAGCAGCGUGUCCAGCACCACCACUUUCACCUCAUAUGAUGGGUCAGAUGGGCACACAGAUGCCACAAUUGCAACACUCACCUACACCCGGCGGAUCCGCCACGCCAGAUACCAAGCCUACAACUGAAAAGCUUGUCAAUGAGUUCCAGCAACUGACGCGAUCCAAUAGUGCAGCGACGAUCAGUGAGCGAACAUUAGAAGAAUGCUGGUCAACCCUGCAACGAAUUUUCAUGCACAAGAGCGCCAUGCAGAUGCAGCAUGCCCGGGAUCUUCAACGCGGUGUAGGCGUGAGUGGCCUGAGUGGGUCGGGCAUGGGCACGGAAGUGAAACCUCAUCAGUGCCAACAAUGUCUCAAGAGCUUUUCAAGCAAUCACCAACUCGUCCAGCACAUCCGUGUUCAUACCGGUGAGAAGCCCUACAAGUGCUCCUAUUGCGAUCGCAGAUUCAAACAACUGUCCCAUGUGCAGCAGCACACUAGGCUUCACACAGGAGAACGUCCGUACAAAUGUCACUUGCCUGAUUGCGGUCGAGCUUUCAUCCAAUUGUCAAAUUUGCAGCAACACUUGAGAAAUCAUGAUGCUCAAGUAGAGAGAGCCAAAAAUCGUCCCUUUCACUGUAAUAUCUGCGGAAAAGGAUUUGCCACUGAAUCCAGCCUGCGCACUCACACGUCCAAGGUCAGUCAUGAAUUACAGCUGCAUCUUGGUGUCUUGCAGCAACAUGCAGCUCUUAUAGGUGGCCCAAAUGCAACCUCUUGUCCAGUUUGUCAUAAACUCUUCCUCGGCGGCGAAGCCCUCAUGGAGCACAUGAAACAUACGCACAAGGAUCCAAAUGCCUCCGGAGUGGCCACCAAGAGGCGAACCGCCAACCAUCCUUGUCCUGUGUGUGGGAAACACUACGUCAAUGAGGGUUCUCUAAGAAAACACCUGGCAUGCCAUCCGGAAACUUCACAACUCACCACCAGUCUGAGAAUGUGGCCAUGUUCUGUCUGCCAGGCAGUUUUCACCCAUGAAGCGGGAUUACUUACACAUAUGGAGCACAUGCGAAUGGACCCUAAGCAUCAAUUUGCAGCACAAUAUGUACUUUCACGUGCAGCAGCAGAACGACGUGAGCGUGAUACUUUACUAGCAGCCGCAGCAGCUGUAUCAGCAGGCAACAGUGGUCUGUUAGCCAUCGGCGGACAAAACUCAAUGUGUCCUUCGCCAAGCGCACACUCCGACAGUAGUAGCGGUGGCGGUCGGUUGUCCUCUGCGGGUAGUGAUGCAGGUGCGAGUUUGUUGAACAACAACAACAACAAUUGCAGCAGUAAACUAACUGACAUUUUGCGCGGAGCCAACAACGGGCACCUACAGCAAUAUAAUGUCGACGAAAUGCACGCCAAUCGCAUGGCUAUGGUAGCAGCAGCAGCUAUGCAGCCAGCAGACGCCGGUGCCGUACAAGCAGCCGUAGUAAAUUUAGCUGCUGCUAUGCGUUUGCAACCACAAGCAACGUCUCCAGCUGCGAAUCAUGGAGCCACAACGGCUCAACCACCUGCAGUUUCACCUGGUGAUGAUGAAACGGCCAAUGCAGCCGCCCAAGCUGCUAUGAAUGCCAUGCGUGUUUCAAUGGCUGACAGUAUGAUGCGAUCUUCUAUUGGUGUAGAUCCUAUUCACCACCAAGGUCAUCACCAGAGUCAAAACUCGCCUGAAGCAGCACUGCGGAUACACCAAGCAGAAGCAAUUUUAAGAUCCCAGGCAGAAGCAGCACUACGGUUGGCCGUGAGUCAGGCUGCUGCUGUAGCAGCGUCUGGCUCCGGCGCUACCAUCGGUUCCUCAUCAAAUGGUGCCACAACAAGUCUUAGCAACUUUCACCAAACACCAGCAGUAUCAGCCACUCAGAGUACGCCUCUUCAACAACAAAUGUCACCUGAGUUGAGUGAUGCCCUUCGCUUGGAGCACGCCCUACGACUUGAUCCACGUGCCCUCACCUUUACGCUGUCUAGUCAUGUACAACAGGGUGGAUCGCAGCAAGGUCCCCAGGCUUCCACCUCACACACAUCCUGAAGCCCAGAUGCCGUCGAUGACGGCAUCGUGUGUCUUCUCGGCAAGGAUACAUCCCAUCACCACUCCCCCAUCAUGGGUGGCUUCUUUUAACGGUCGGGAGCACACGCAGCAAUCAAAACUAAUGAUACAUUCAUGGUGUGACACAAAAUUACUUUUAAAAUGCCAUCUAUUCGUGUUAAUAUACAAUCUUUUUUGUGAGAUCAUAUGGUUGCCAAGAUGGGGGACGUGGCUAUAAGUAUCCUAGAUUGAUUGGCAAUAUGAGACUGUAUUGAUCCAUUAGCUAGUUAUUCCUUCUUUCCUUUUAGACAAGUCUGUUCGGCUGGAGUUGGCAAAAUGCAUUUAUCCUAUUUAUAAUGAAUUGAAUAUUUCACCUCUUGCCACAGUCAGUCUAAUUUUCUUAUAUAUUAUUUGAAAUACCCAUAUAUACCAGUUAUAAUACGUUUUUUUAAAUAUUUUUUUAAUUCUUUCUGUGAUUGAGACUUUAGUCACACCAGGCAUCCUUUAACCUUUUUAUGUAAGUAUAAAGAAAAAAAAGCUUAUGUGAUUUGAAUGCAAUCUGAAACUACAUACAAGAGCACCAAUUAUUUUCUUUAUAAUAGUGGGUGUAAAGGAUGAGUUUUUUUUACUUCCUUAAUAUAUGUGAAUUAUAUAAUUUUUAGCAAAAAAUAUUAUUUCCAUUUGAAGAAAAAAAUGUCUACUUUGAUUAAUAAGACAAUAUUAAUUUUUAAAGUACGCUUUUGUUGUUGACCAUUGUUCGGGAAGCUAUACAAGAAUACCUUAUUCUUUAUUUCUGUUCUUUAUUAAAAGUGUCCAUAAUAAUUAUGGAAAUUAUAUGCCAAUGUGUAUGAGUUACAAAACAGUGUAAUAAUGGCAAACAAUUAAGAACAACUCAUUUACUAAUCAGGAUCGAUUUUCGUCAUACCGUAUGGUCUCAAUGGUCAUACAUGGUUUGCCAAGAUUAAAUGGAAUUACUUAGGUGAAUACAAAAUGAAAAUUAAUGAUCGGUACUUUUUACUUUAUUGAUUGAUUUAUUCUUUUAAUGCGUGUUGAAUGUUUAAAAUUAUAUUGCACUGUGACUAUUCUGAUUUCUAAGUUUUUUAUCUUUGGAUGUACAUCUUCAAAAACAGUCUGAUAUUUUCAAGAAUAUUUUAGAUAAAUUUCAAUGUUAGAAAACAAAACUUGAUUUUGCUUCUAUUUCUGAGAUAUUUUGAACCAAAAAAAUACUUUGGUUUCAACCAGGUUAAAAAAAAUUCAAUAGCUUGUAUUUUUUAGUUAUUCUGUAUAAAUUUUAUUACACCUGAAUCAAAAUUAGAGGAAAAAAUGUUAUGUUUUUUGUAAUUAAUUCAUCAAAGAUAUUGCUAUUUUCUGAGAAAAUAUAACAAGAACUUAAUGAGUGGAAUGGCUAACUGGAAAGGGUUUGAGCGAUGUGGUUUGUAGUACUAUAUCUCCAACAUGACACUAUACAGUGUAGAUAAAUGUUCUAUAUGAUAUGGCCGUUUAAGUUUUUUUACACCCUUAAUUAUAUAACAUACUAGUUUAGUAAGCAUAGAUGUUCUACUUAGGACUAGAGUCUACUCUAUUAGAGGAGUUAUUCGAGAGAGGUUUGUUUUUACUUUUCCGACCAACCUUUAAUGAUUCUAAAAUUCACAUUUUAGUAAAUCUUUGUGAGUGAGAACGUGAAAGACAAUUUCAGAGAAGGGCAUGUUUCUGUUCAAAAAUUCAACAGUGAUCAUUUGGGUUGCUUUAAUUGGCCAUUGAAUGGUAAAUGUUUUAUCGCACUCUACUAUGAUCAAACAUUUUACCUGCAGUGAGACUUCAUCACUUCAUUAUAGCAGCGAAAGCCAAUAUCUUUGAAUUCUUUAAACAGUCUCGGUGGCCAUGUAGACUAAACACACACAUAUAGGAAUAUAUUGAACCUAUAACAUAUAGGUUCGCUUGCUGUCAUCUGUCUAUGUAUGAUUUUCCUUCCUUGUUUCUUGUUCCUUGUAUGAAAGGAAAAAUAAAUAUCUAAUCUAAUAUGGCAUGCCCACUUCGAAUGGUAUGAGUUCGAUAGUUGUCGACUGCUUUUACCAAUCUUCUGAUCAGCGCUCCCCUAAAUUGUGUAGUGUAACGUGUACGUAGUGUUUAGAGAAAAGAUUAGUCACCAUGGUCGAUUGAAAAUCGCUCGUUUCCCACAUAAAUCACAUAUUUUGGCCAAAAUAGAGGAUUUUUCCUUAGUCCAGAAACUAAUAAAAUUUACAAUAUAGCCAGAGGACCCAGUGUCAAAUAUAUUUGGUGAAUUGUUUUCUUACAUUAUUUUUCAUAACUUAUUACCCAUAUAUAAUUUAAAAAAAAAGUACCGAUCUAAAAUUUUCUGCUACUCCUUUAAUAUCUGUUGUUAUAAAAUCCACAUUGACUGAAUGAAAAGUACACUCAAUUUUAAAAUUUAUGAUUAUUUAAGGUGUUAUUGCGCUGUUUUUUCUUCACGAAGCAAUAUUAGUAUGAUGAGAUGAGAAGGUUGUAUAAGAUGUAUAAAAAUAAAGAUUAGCCUUAGUUCUCCAUCUUGUGUUGAGAGUUUAAAGAGAAAUCCAUUUUUAUGAAUUUUUUUUUUUCUAAACUUAGCAUAACCACACCAGGCGAGCCUGACUCCCAAACACGAAAUAUCAAUUUGUAUUGACACCUAAUACCAGAAAUGGCGAUAAGAAAUUAUAAUGAAAUUAAAAAAGGAUGAUAAUCUUAUUGAUAGAACAGAAAAAUAUCGGGAAGAUUCAUGUGAGACGAUAUUAGUUUAUUAAAGUGAUGAUGCAAAGAAUAUCGUGAGGACAAGCUGAAACAGAAGAGUGCAUUACAUUGAUGAUGAGAAAAACAAUAACCUAAUUUAGUAAGUAAUGAAAAAGUGCAAAACAUAAUGGUGGAAAUGAAAUCGAUAAGUAAAAAAUUUUGUAAGACAGUAUUAAAACAAAUACAUGCUAACACACAGUACACACACACACACACACACGCAAAACUAUAAUAGCCCAAAUAUAGUGAAAGAGUGGAAAUCUUAAUGUAACCAAUAAAAUUAUUUCAUUUGAAUAUCAAUAUGAAGUAAAAACUGUGCAAUAAUAUGUUUUUAGUUGACAUCAAAUUAAUAUGUGUUUGUCAUAUGCUAAAGUGCGCGCUAAACUUGCAAUAGCCCAGAAAAUAUUGAUAUUGAUAAUCAAUUAAGGAGUGUGUUUGUUAGACAUAAAUAUACGAGAUGAUGUAAAAGAAUAAAGAAAAAAAACAAGAAAUACACUGAUUUAAAUAGUGAGAACAUGCAGAUAAAAAUAUUAUAAAAAUAGAAAAUUGAGAUUUUAAGAUGUUUUUCCAUCAAAGUAGGAGCAUCUUAAUUCAAGCCCGAUGAAAAAUUUAUAAUAUGCCGAUUAUGUGACUGAGUUGCAAUAGCCCAGGAGAACUUCCAUCUUUUCAUCAGGUAUACACAAAAACAAAACUGACAGUUACUGUCGAUCACGUCUAUCGAUAUCUUAGAUUAUAAGAGUAGUUGAUACUUUAAUAAAAGAGAAAAAUCCAGCAUACAAUAACCCAAAAAGAACAAAACGGAGUAUAUACAAAAUUGCUGUCAGUCAAGUUUUUCCCACAUUUAAAAAGCAAAGUUGUACGUAUAUAGUGCUGUCUAUAAUUUAAUUACAAAUUUUUAAUUUUAUUUCAAUUCCUUGAAGUAACAAAUCUCUUCAUGAAAAAAUGUGUAUCAACUGUCCCCUUUCCGUUUACUUACAGACAGUUCUGGUAAUAAUUACUUUAUUUGCUUUCAAAAUGAGAAAAUUUGAAAAUUAUUCCGAAACUAAAAACAUGUGAUGACUUCAAAAACGAUGUUAGUCAAUUCCAAUUUUUUACACGUAAGAUUUUUUUUUAUUAUACUACGUGAAAAGUACAAAAACUGUUUCGCACUCGUAAAUUAAAUUUUGGAUUGUGCUAUAUGCAUACAUGAAUGUAAAAUUAAAAAUGUAUUUAAUUUUGGGGGUUCAUAAAAAAAGCAACAAAAUGACUCAAAUGUUAUAUUUCCGUUUGUUUAAAUUGGUUAUCAAGAAUUAAAAAAUGUUAUCCAGUUAUUAUAAAAUCUAAAACCAAUGAAAAGAAUUGGAAUAAACAAAAUUCAAUAACUUUUCCUUGACACACAUUUGAUUUUCUGAUAAAAUUAGCUUACAAAGUUUACCGAAGAGCAGAAGUUUGCUCGCUACUGGUUUCUUAAAUGCUACUUUAUAAAUAGCACAUGUUUCAAAUAAUUUCAAUUCUUUAAGUGCUUUGUAUUUCAAUUAACAAAAAACUAAAUAUCGUCUCUAUAGUGAAAGUAUACAGGAAAUGAUAUAAUUUUUUCUUUAAGUAAAAUUACAUGAAACAUAAGAAAAUUCAUUGACGGAAAAUAUCAUAGUACGAAGUGAAAGAAAGAGCAUAGAUACAAUUAAUAAUAAUUCCAAAUAUAAUAUGUCUGAAACUUAAUUAUUACAAUGAAACAACAAAAGAAGAGCUGAAAAUGAAAAAAAUAGCAUUUAAAAAAAUGUGAGUUACUUCUUUUUAAACAUUUUUCUUUUGUUAUAUCCAAAAAACAUGCAAGCAUUUCUACUAAAUUACACUAGUAAGCAUCACAUCUCAUAUAGUGCCAUAGGUCAAAAUAUUUUCACACUGGAACUUUUUCCUCUUCAUUGGCAAUGAAAUUAUUUUUCACCAAAAUUGUCCUGCAUGAUGUGGCAUAAUGUAUCUUACCCCUUUUGAAGUGUUUAAAAUGAGUUUAAAAUGUGAACAACCAACCUGUCCAAUUAUAUACCGCGAAGUCUUGACAGACUGGUUUCAAUAUAUGACUUAUGUGAUGUGAAUCCUUGCACCUAAAAGAGGUUUAAAGAAAAGGUCUAAAAGAAACACCUGGAUUUUCUAGCAGCGAUACUUCCAAUUUCAUGCUUAAAACUAGCGUAUGAUCUUAUUUUAGAGUCACCUCUAAAACUUAAGUAAAACUUAUUUCGAAAAUUUUAACAUAGCAUUCACUAUCGGCGUUCCUUUAAUUUCAGUUUUUUAAGAAGCACUAAUUUAAAGAAUUGUUGCUGUGCAAUAUUUCAUUGGAAAGCGCCAUAACUUUUUUAUUCAGGUAAAUUCAUUCUGGAAAUAUUAUAUUCUCAAAUUUGUCUCGAACAACGGCGUUUUACACAAUUCUAACUCUCAGUUAUAGAUUGGUGUAUAUUACAGCUAGUAUGGAUUAUUUAUUUACGAUAUUUCUGGGGCUACUGCAUCCUUCAUCAUAUCUGAAAGACGUUGAUUUUUGUAAUAAUAUUUUUUUACCGCGUGGGUUAAUCUAGUAACUACACCGUAGAAUUGAUGUGACAUUUAUCACUUCCGGUAGAUCACUACUACAUUCACACUAACAAUCCAUUUUUAUUGUCGGCAUUCAUUUCUCUAUUUUAGUGAUUUUUUCUUAAUCCCACUACAAUGUCCCAAAUGUACACACAAAGGAAAGAUAAAAUGCCCACCGACUCCCUAGAACUUGUUCAAAUACAAAAAUGUAAAACGCAGUGGGUGCACGUGAAAAACAGCGCUGGCGUCGAUACUCAGUGACAGAAACGAUAAUCCUCGAAAAUGACAAAUGAUCAAAUUGUAAACAAAUUCGUAUGUUCCAUUGAACACCGAAUGAAAAAAAAAACGCGUCUAGAUUAUGUAUGCGGUAUGGGUUGAAUGGUAAAGUGGUCAGAAAGAAUUCUGUCUCAGAACCGCGUGGAAAAAUUUUUGCAAAUCGAUACGAAAUUUGAUGUUCUAUUGGGAACUAAAUUUUCAUCAAAAUAGCUAUUGCCCGUAAUCAAAUCAAAUACCAUUAAAUAGUUUAUUUUAACAGGAUAUAAAUCGAUCCAAAUUUCAGAGAUGCUGAUCGCAUGAUUGAAAAGAUAACACCGUGAAAAUGAAAGCUUACGGUAGGAAUUUUGUAGAAAUCACAAAACGCAACAAGAAAAGUUGUAAUGUAUUACGUAUAAUUUUUUCUAUGUAAUAUAUUGUCAAAAUACGUAAGAUAUGUAUUUUUGUGAAGUAAUACACGUAAUUCUGUCGAAACGAUAAUUCAAAGAACGUCUUAAAGCAAUCUUCACCGGAAGGAUCGGAACAAACUUUAGUGCCAUACCACACAACGAUAAAGUUAAUGGCUGCGAUAAUACUUUAGCAAGCACUUCGAUAAUUUCCUCAGUUGAGCGCUAUCGCAUACUUAGGAAACGGGGAAAACCGAUGAUAUUAGCAGCUCAAGUAAUAAAAAAGAGAUCGUUCUACUGUACAUUGUGUGCAGGAAGAGAAGGAGAAAACAAAAAUAACGUAAAAUGCUAAUUUAGUGAUAGCUAAUGCAAAAAAUUGCAUCAUUACGAAGUACUCUAUAGAAAUUUUUCUCUCUAGCAGAAUAAAUCUGGGAAUUUGAACGCAAAUAAUGCAAUUUUGGUUGUCUUUUAAGCCCUUAAAGCCUUUGCAUGUUUAACGGUCAGUAAGUAUUUAUUUGAGAACAUGGAAUGGACAACUUCUAUUCACACAUAUAUUGUCCGUACACGAUGAUUCGGAAGUCAUUUUUCCUCUUUCUUUAGGUAUAGAUAAUUGUGGGUGAAUUGGUCAGUUUCUCUUUGCCACCAAGUGGUUUACUAUCGUGAUCCACACCCGUAGAACCCAUUCUCUGGAUUAGGUGUAGAGAAUGCAAACUUAUUACGUGAGGAUGAAUCGUCUCAGGAAAAGCUUUAAAAAAUGCAAGUAAUAUGUCCUAAAACUCCUCUUUAGAAUUGUGUUCAUGGAACAUUCAUGCAUAUAUAUAAAGAGCAAAUUAAUUACGAAAGAAGCCCUUUUUGUCUCUCUGUUCUUCUUAUUACGUUACGCGUGAAAUGGAUGAAUAAGUUUUUUGGCUCUUACGAUUUGAAUAUGAGGACACCUCUAUAAAUGUACUCAAACACUUAGAAACAUUGGUCAAUGCAGCUCUCUGUGUGUCUAGCGUCUAGAAACGUCUUUUGGUAUAUAGUCAAUUAGAAUCAGUUGAUACACAACGCAGAUAUAAUGAGGUUAGUGUUUUCACACGAUUUAAUUUACUGCAUUUCGGUCGGAUUUCGAUCUUACAGUUAUCGGAAUAUGAAAAGAUGGCUUUGGAUAAUUCAGAAAAUUUAAAUCAAAGAUCACUGAGUAGACAAUAAUGUAACGCCAUAGCCAAAGUUGUGAGGAGCACAUGCUGUAGAAAACAGGUUCCAAAAUUCUAUCAACGCGUUCAAAACAGUUAAUCCCAUAUUACGCUUUGAAGGUUUAUUUCAAUUCGUGGUGACUUUCUCGUGCACAAAAAUUUCUAUUCGCUUCAGUCGACUGAAUAUUUUUUUUUACAUAGUUGAGACUCAUAAGUGCUGACAAACAGCGUCAGUGCACAAAAUUUUAAGUGUGUGUUAUAGCUAAGUUAUGAUAAUUAUUGUGUAUGUUUUUCGCAUGAGGAACAGGGAUAUAAAAUGUGCCCAAAACAACAUUAAAUCCAAUACAAAAAGCUAUAAUAGAUUGUAUUCAUUUGAGAUACCGGACUUGCUAAAAAAAAGAUCAAAGCAUAAACUCGAAAUUGCCUUCAUGGGCGUAUGAAUAAUUUUUUAGAAACUGAUUAUCAGAAAGCUCAAAUCACGAGCAGGGUUGCUCUUUAUUUUCUAUUCAGUUUCUUCGCAAAUUUAAUUCUUUAGUGCGAAAUAAAUAAAUGUUUCAAUUUUAUAAGGGUAAAUGCAAUUUCCUAAUGUAGUAAUAUUUUUAACGAUAAUUGUUAGAACAUCGCAGACUUUAGAUAAAUAGACAUUUUCUCAGAAUCGAUAACUUGCACAUUUUCAAACGAUAAUUAAGGGACUGUGGUGGUAGAUUAAACCUCUCUUUUUUGUUUUUGCCUUAAACAUAACAAUAUUUUGUUGUAUUUGUGCAUUUUUUCAUAUCUUUAACAUUUUUUCUACACCUAUAAAAUCUAUUUACGACUGAAUACUACUUGAAUUAUUGCAGAUGGUAAAUUUUACAUACAGUUUCUCUCCCAAACAAAAUAACAAAUUAAGCACUUUCUCAUAUAAAAACACUACAGAGUCAUCACAGUGUGUAGACAGGGGAAGAAAUACAAUGAAAUAUCAGAGCAAACUACAUUGAAAUUUGCUUGCGCCUUCUCAGCUCGCAUUUGGAAUAUCUAGAAUCGUGCUAAUUAUGGGUUUUAUCUAAAAACUGGAACCAUGAAAAAUGUUAUGACAUUGCAUUUGGUUUUAUUGAAUGUAGAAAACUUACUAUCUUCAAUUUAAACCUAAUUCUUGUAGAUGUAAAAUUUUAAUUUGAGAGUUAAAGCGUUACUUCGAUAGCUUAUCAGAAUUUUUACGUUGAAAUUCCAAACGAAAUUUAACCAUUUAACCAUUAAAUUUAAAGGAGCAGUUGGAACAGAAUAUGAAAAAACAAUCAAACCCGUCAUAACCCAUUUGCAUGUGGAACAUAAGAGUCUGAUUUUUGCAUUUAUCAAUACAUUCAUGUCGUAAUUUUCAUCUUUAGGAAUUGGAAGUAUACGACUGGGACAAUUUAUUUUCAAUAUUUCCGUUUCAAAUGUUUCAUACUUUGAAACGAAUUGUAAACUCAUAAGAAAAAUUGGCAUAGUCAUGAAUAGAUGCAAAAUAAAAAUUUAAUCAAACACACAUUUUAUCCCAAAACUGCAUUUUUUCUCUUUGUCAUGCCAACUUAAAAUUCAGGUGCAGAAUUUACGUCUCAGACAUAUUUUACACCAAAAAGGCUGUUUAUACUGAUGGAACGAAAACCCGGAUAUCUCACUAAAGACAUUUUAUUAUCAUUUUUUAUUCAUUUCAUUCCUUUUUGUUUUUCCUUAAGAACUUCGGCCGACUUGGACUCAUACACAUAUGUUAAGCCAGUUCAUAGAUACAUCCAGUUCCGUAAAUACAAGAAACAGUCGUAGAGUUAUGCAAGAGUUUUCCAAAGAGCCGUAAAAUAUUAAAAUCGGAUAAAUAGAACCAAAGUUAUGGCGUAUUUUAAAUUAAAAUCGUAAACCGUCAUAACUCCGGUUUUAUUGCAUCCACAAAAAACUAUAACUUAUCUUUAGAGACUUGCUGAUUUGGACUACAACACACUAAAAUUUUAAGAAAAUUUAUAAUCUAGUUGCCGAGAUACAGGCGUUCAAAAGUUGUUCAAUAUGGCGGCAUUCGGUAUGACAUCACAGACUAAUGGUGAAUAUGGCCUACUAAAGGGCGUUGAGACACGUCUUUUAGUGAAGAAAUAAUCGAAAUCGGUUGAUGAACAGCGGAGAUAUGGGCCAGUGAAGGUGUGAACUUUGAUCUUCCAUAUCUCCGUUCCUAAUGAAUAGGGUCCCAAUAGUAACGGUUCGUUGAAAAGGUCUUGACCUCAACUACAACAUAUUAAAAUUUAAAGAAAAUUUUUUGAUUCCGUUUUCGAGUUAUUCGUUUUCGAAAUUUCGAAAAUAGUUUUUUCGACUUUAGCGCUUCUAGCGGUGGUCCUAUCAAGUUAUGUUGUUCAGAUGGGAGAUGGCAUUUUACGGAACCUUUCUAAUGAAUACAAAAUCAUUUCUAUCGGUUAAUGAAAAUCGGAGCUAUGGCCGUUUAAAUUUUUGAAAUUUGAACCCUUAUAUCUAAGGUCUGGAAGGUCCUAGGUUCUUCAAUGACGGUUCGUUGGAAAAGUCUGUUCUGUGCCUGUCUGUCGUUCCCGACAGAUAGGCACGAAAAUCAAAAAAGUGUCCCCUUCCCAUUUUCAUCAUAUUUCCACAUUUUACCGUUACCUGAGUCGAUUGGAGUUGUUUUUGCGAGGUUCGAUUUCAUGCGCGAUUACAGAUAUAAGCUGUGAUGUAUAUCCCAUCUAAUAAUAAAGGUUCUUGUAAAUUCACUUAAAAAUUUACGUGAGUUAGUAAAAUUUUUGCCAAUUUUUUUUUCUAACAAUGAGAUUUUCGGAUUGAGCUAUUUGUAAGAAUAUAAUGAAUGAAAGUGUGGGGGAAUUGGACAGUGUCUGUAUUGAAGAAAUCAAAUUACAAGUGUGCUUAGUAUACUGACUAGUAGAAAACUCUAAUCCAUGUCAAGUUAAAUUCAUUUUAGAUUCCGGAGUCAUUUGAAAUCCAAUGCAGUGUAAACAGCCUCAAAUGCUAGAAAUGCUUUGCUUUGUGCAUAAAAUAACAACCGCAGAUCUGACACUGCGAUAAAAAUAUAUUCAUACUAAAAAUUGUUAUACUCAUUUUAAUGAUUUUGAUAAACAUUUGCAUUUAAUCUGGUCAUAAUAAAGUUGCUAAAUCCCUCUGGUGAAAAAAUUUCGUGAAAUAAUUUGUGCAAGAAUAAGCUCAUUGACAAUUUGUAUUUUUUAUGUUUGGUUAUCCAAUAUGCUACAUAUGAACUGUUAAAACUGAACUUUUUAUUUCUAAUUGAUACUGUUGAGAAAAGGCUCAUUUAAAGUUAAGAUAUUAAUAAAUUCAAUAUAAUGAUUUUCCUGUCUUUACGCCAACCCGCAUAUUACAUUUUCCAUAAUUGAAAUAAAACAAAUGCUAUGAAGCAUUUUACUAUAGUGUACUCUGAUACACAGGAACAGCGAAAAAAAUUUAAAUCAGCGUGGAAAUGAGGAAAUAAAAGAUUUGCCAUAUCAACUUACAGUUUGAAAAGGAUGUGUAAGAAUUUAAUGUACAUGUACACUCAUAUAUAUAUAUAUAUAUAUAUAUAUAUGUACACUCGUAUAUAAGUAUAUGUACACUUAUAUAUAUAUACAUAUAUAUAUAUAUAUAUAACAGUUGAUAGAAAGAGAUUCAGGCAAGAACAAAUAUUACAAAAAAAAAUUAAAUAAGACGCAGAGAAGAACUAAUAAAGAAAGAAAAAAUUUUGUGGACAAACAGAGAAAAAGGAGAAACAUAUAAACAUUAUUUAAGUUGUAAUUAUUAUAUUUCAAAUUAAGAAAAUAUAACUGACGCAGAUGAGAAUAAUGAAAAACAACACUUUUUACUCUUUAUGCGGAGCGCAUAGAAAAAAGAAAAAAAACAACCACAUAAACGACAGAGAUGAAUAUAUCUCAUAGGUAUAAAAAGUAAAAUUAAACAAAAAACAGAAAUAAAAAAUGGAAAAUAUAAUAUUUACUAUAAGUACUUAGUGUAGAAAAUAAAGUUUAUGAACAAGAACUAAUAUAAGAGUAAUUGAAAUAAAUGUAGAGAUUUCAAAAUAAAACCCAUCUUCUAUCUAA